AAGAAGAACACGUGCUUCCGGUGUUUUCCCCCGGCCUGCCGCCCAACGAGGAUCUGGUCUAGUGAAGAAAAGCAAAAGCGCGUAAAAAUGGUUCGUAAAUUAAAGUAUCACGAACAGAAGCUGCUGAAGAAAGUUGACUUCAUCAACUGGGAGGUGGACAACAACCUGCACGAGGUCAAAGUGUUGCGGAAGUAUCGCAUCGAGAAGAGGGAGGACUACACCAAGUACAACAAGCUGAGUCGGAACAUCAGAGAUCUGGCACAGAAGAUCAGAGACCUGGAUGAGAAGGAUGGCUUCAGAGCUCAGAGUUCACACCAGCUGCUGGAGAAAAUUUACAGCAUCGGCCUCGUCCCCACCAAACAGAACCUGUCCCUCACAGAGAAGGUCACGGCUUCUUCGUUCUGCAGGAGGAGGCUGCCCAGCAUCAUGUUGAACCUCCGCAUGGCUCAGAACCUGAAGACCGCCAUCACCUUCAUUGAACAAGGACAUGUGCGUGUUGGUCCGGACAUUGUCACAGACCCUGCGUUUCUAGUCACGAGAAAUAUGGAAGAUUUCGUCACGUGGGUGGACUCCUCCAAGAUCAAGCAGCAUGUCAUGAAUUAUAAUGAUGAGAGAGACGACUUUGACAUGAUGGCAUAAGUCUGUCGGAUAAUUUGUCGCCCUGGAGGACAAGGACACGAUCUCUGCUCACAGUAUGAAUGAAUACAUCUACAACCCAGUAUGAAUCUAUCAGAUUGAAUUGUGAAGACAAAAGAAGUCCUCAGGAGCCGUACUCAUUUGAACAAGGACAGAAGACGUACACCUCCAGGCCUUUUGCUUUUUCAAUGAACACUUCUCUUGUGAUGUUGUCACAGCUAAAAUUUGAUUGAACUGACGGGGGAUCAUCAAAAAUGUCUCCUGAUUCUGGAAGUGACACUAUUCCUGGGAGUCUACUCUGAUGCCUGUUGGCAUCACAUUUUACUCUUUACUCAAAACCUGCUCAGGCACCAGUGGCACAGCAGCAGUUUCUUAUUUUUCAGCGGAGCCCCUCUAUGACACUGCCAGAGUUGUGUAUCUGUGACUGUUCCUUCUCCUGCAGCUCCACAUGACCAAGGACAUGCUGGUUUCCAAGUGUUUACUCAGCAUCGAGAGAAGGACGGUCACUGUUCAUGAUAUCAACCCGACCUGUUUCACACAAACGCAUGUAAAGUAGUUUGAUAAAUAUUUAAUCUUUUCAAUAAGACUUUGUUACAAUGUAAACUUUGUGAACAAUAAACAUUCUUUUAUCAAAA